AUGCUGUCUUUUAUUGAAGCUACUGUCGAUGGAAGCUGUGUCCCUGAAAGAUUCAAUACCGAUUCUCCCAGACAAGAGAGCUCUCAUGAUAAUGGUGGCUCUCAGAGCUCGCCAGAAGAAUCGUCGCUGGCCAGUAAGCGGCCUCUGGUCGCCAUGAGCGGGGUUGUUCGAAAACGCCACAACGUUGCUUGUGUUGCCGAUCAUCACUGGGGUAUUGACCAAGCGCCACGCCUCCUUGAGGACUUGAGGUUGGAUCUUCCACCAAUCGUUCACGAUGUCAUCAGUACGAGCAUCAGGUGUAACUCUUCAGGCUAUCGUCCAAAGCCUGCAAAGAUGGUCUUGAUAAAGUGGGCUAGUCUGCUCCUAGGCAUGAGUUUUGGAAUUUCCGCGACUGAGGCCGCAUCUUGUUGGCGGGAUGUGACCUGUACCGGACCGACUAGGAGUGCAUUCAGUGGCCCCUGGGAAGAGAACAUCUACGCACCCAAAUCGCGGACGGUGCGCCCAGAGUCGACCUUGGCAGAGCUGAGAACGAAUGCAACCACCAGACGGGAUCGACCUGCGACGGCCACGUUGCAGGGGAACGGAUCGCUGGUGGUCUUCGACUUUGGGAAAGAAGUCGGCGGAAUUGUCCAUCUGGACUUCAAGUCGACGAGCAGUGGCGCCAUCGGUCUCGCUUUCAGUGAAGCCAAGAAUUGGAUUGGCGAGUGGUCCGAUUCUUCCAACAGCCUGUGGCAUGACGGUGCACUCUACGCGAAUUUCUCCUCGUCGGGAAAUCACCAGUAUGCGAUGCCAGAUCGAUACCUCCGAGGAGGUUUCCGGUAUCUCACUCUUUUUCUACUGGCCGACGGUCCGAUCGAGGUAGAGCUCAAGGACGUCCGCGUGGAGAUCAGCUUUCAGCCGACGUGGGCCAAUCUUCGAGCUUACCAAGGCUAUUUUCAUUGCAGCGAUGAACUGCUCAAUCGGAUCUGGUACAGCGGUGCUUACACCCUCCAGUCGAAUGAAGUACCCGUUGAUACAGGGCGUGUGACGCAUGGGCUCAAGUUGGGAUGGCUAAAUAACGGCACCCUGGGACCAGGAGAUACCAUCAUCGUCGACGGUGCCAAGCGAGAUCGAGCUGUCUGGCCGGGAGAUAUGGGCAUAGCUGUGCCCUCCGCAUUUGUCAGUUUGGGAGAUCUCGAGAGUGUGAAGAAUGCACUGCAGAUCAUGUACGAUACACAGGCUUCGAAUGGCGCUUUCGACGAAUCCGGGCCCCCCUUGAGUCAAAAAGGCUCAGACACGUAUCACAUGUGGUCAAUGAUUGGCACCUACAACUAUGUGCUUUACACAAACGAUACAGUCUUCCUGUCGAAAAACUGGGAAAAGUAUCUGGCCGCCAUGAAGUUCAUAUAUGGCAAAGUUACCUAUCCAAGCGGCCUCAUGAACGUGACAGGCCUCCGUGAUUGGGCGCGUUGGCAGCAGGGAUACAACAACAGCGAAGCUCAAAUGAUUCUCUACCAUACACUACAGACAGGAGCAUCCUUGGCCACCUGGAUGGGCGAAACUAAUACCAGCAGCACGUGGACUUCAAGAGCCAAGGAUCUAAAGACCGCAAUCAACAUCUACUGCUGGGAUGAUGUGUUUGGCGCGUUCAAAGACAAUGCGACAGACACCACACUUUACCCCCAAGAUGCCAACAGUAUGGCCAUUCUCUUUGGAGUUGUGGCCUCGGAUCGCGCUGCCCGUAUUUCUGACAACCUACUUCUCAAUUGGACCCCGAUCGGUGCUGUUGCACCCGAGCUCCCAGAGAACAUCGUCUCUUUUAUUUCAUCAUUCGAGAUCCAGAGCCACUUUGAGGUUCGUCAGCCGUUCCGGGCCCUCGACCUCAUCCGUCGCAGCUGGGGUUGGUACAUCAACCACCCCAACGGCACCCAAAGCACCGUCAUUGAGGGGUAUCUCGCAAACGGGACCUUUGGAUACAGAAGCAGUCGCGGGUACAACUAUGACACGUCUUACGUCUCGCAUGCGCACGGCUGGUCUUCCGGACCAACGUCUGCGUUGACCAACUACAUCGUCGGUCUUUCGAUAAGUUCACCACUAGGCAGCACCUGGAGUCUUGCACCGCAGUUUGCGGAUCUGAAACAUGCUGAGGCGGGAUUCUCUACGUCCCUUGGAAAGUUCCAGGCUUCUUGGAAGCUGAAGGAAGACGGUUACAAAGUGAAACUGUCAGUCCCCGUAGGCACUCAUGGAACUGUGACUUUGCCAUUUGUCAAAGAGGGCAAGGUGCCAUCGGUUGCCGUCAAUGGCGCUCGUGUUCGGAAUGGGCUAAAGAUCGAGAACGACACCGCAUCGUUUGAUGUCACACGAGGAGGGUCCUUUGAGUUUACUGUUCGGUGA